UCCAUGGACAUUUUCGCGAUCAAGAUCUCUCUAUAGCGGCGCAAGCUUUGAUUGAUGAGAGGCGAGCCCCCUCCUAAAUAGAUAUAGCCGGUCGGAUUCAACAAUUUCUUCUUCGGUGCGUGCUUUCUUUUCACUUCGUAAUCAGACUUUUAUCUUCGCUACUAAGGGAGAAGGGAGAUUAGUUUCAUAGGAACCCUAACUACAGAUCGAUUGUUGCGAUCAAGAUCUCUCCGGGAACCCUAACUACAGAUCGAUUGUUCGACCGAAAGAACCGACUUGUAUCGCCAUGGAUUACACAAGCAAAAGAAGUCAAGGAGGCCUCUUCGAAGGUCUCUACAGAGUUAUCAUGCGCCGUAACUCCAUUUACGUUACCUUUAUCAUCGCCGGUGCUUUUGCUGGUGAACGGGCUGUGGAUUAUGGAGUUCGUAAGCUCUGGGAGUACAAUAAUGUUGGGAAACGGUAUGAAGACAUUCCAGUGUUGGGGCAAAGGCAAUCUGAAGAAUAGAUUAGUGAACUCUAUUCCUUGUUAUUUUGAAGCUUCAUAUAAAAAAUUUGGACUAAGCAUCAUUGGAACGUGUAGCAGUUUUUGUUGCAAAUAAGCGUUAUAUGCCCAAGUGCAUCAAAACUUAUUUCUCAACCAUGGUUUCAUUCAUUGAGGUUUUGUGAUUUCUUGAAUUGAUAUUUAACUGUGAACAGUUGUGAUUAUUUGCCUGGGAAAAUCAUCUUCUUCAGUUUACGGAAUUUAAUAAUGUUAAAUCUCUGUUUGUUUCUCUAGCC